UUUUCUUGGUUGAAAACUGUGUUAGUUAAAAGACCUUUUUGACCUCUCUCUCUCUCUCUCUCUCUCUGUUACUAGUUCCCGCCUUAAAAAAAUCCCCCCUUUCUCCUUCCUUCAGUACACCCUCAUAUUUACCGCCUUCCCUUUAAGCUUCAGCUACUUCAUUAGAGAUUCAGAGAGUGAGAGAGAAAGAUGCAGGGAACGUCCAAGGUGAUAUUAGGAGCUACACUGAUAUUGGUCGUGAGCCUUGCCAUUGUAUUGAGCCUCAUUCUUGUGUUGCUUGCUGAACUCUACUGCUCUCUGUUACUCCGCCGCCGUAGCCUUCGAGUUGCACCGCCCACCACCACCUCCAACUCCCCUGCUGACUCCCUCGUAACAGCCAGGAACGUCUCCCAGUCUUUGCCUUCAGCCCCUUGCAGGGACAACAACCGGUCUGUCAUUUCUCUCAGUAGCUUGUAUGCUCAUGGUGUUCUUAGUGCUCCAAGAAACUUUCUUUUCCCCCCUUGUGUUGUUAAAGACAACUAUGUAGAUGUAGCUGAAGCAAAGAGCCAAAGCUCUAAACUUCAUCGGGUUAUCGACAUUAUUGACACCCAUGAAUCAUCUCUAAGCCCUCGUCGAAUCGGGCUCAUUUCGACCCCAUCCUCACCUGAUCUUCCCAUUUUGAAAGCUUGUGCUGAGAGUAAACUAAGCCCUGCCAUUGCCUGUAAUGACAGUUCUUCCAGUGACAGUGACCAUUUAAUAUACAUUUCAAACCCCAUUUAUGCCAAUGAUGCAGAAGACACCCCAUUUGAAACACCAAAUUCCUCUCCCUCAAGAUUGGAAAGAUGUAGUUCUUCUGAGGAAGACGAGAUUGCAGCAUGUCCUUCGACAACCAUCCAUUCUCUCCCCAAUACGCCUCCUUUAACGCCGAUGAAGAAGCUCCCAGCUGAGGCUUGUUCGGUUACAUUGAGAAACGCCAGGUCUGUGGGGAAUUCUGGGAGUGAUUCUAACACUAACAAUGCUCUGUCAUCGUCCUCCUCUGCUUCUCCCUGUACCUCGCCAUCAUGGUGAUGUAAUUCAAUGGCAGCUUUAUAUUUAGUGUCGUAUCAGAAAAAGAAAGUAGCAAGUUUCUCGAUGUAUUGGUGGGCUGGGUAUUGUCCCAGCCCAUAAAGUGUUAUCUUCUAUCUUCUAAGAACAUUUAAAUAAACCAUAAGCCAUUCCAUUUCAUUUUCA